AUGUAUAUUUAUCCGGCAUUGAGCGCCAUCUUGAUGGCAAACGCCAUCAAGGGCAGCGUGAUACUCCCGCGACAGCAGGCAGGAUCAUGUGGUCAAAAGCCUGCCAGCCAAGAGUUCAUCGACUUUGCCAAGUCACUGCAUUCCCCCAAUUCGAGCCUUACAAACCGCCAAGAGCAAGGGGGGUACAACUUUAACGUGUAUGCAAAUGUGGUAUUCUCCGAGGAGAACAGCAGAGGCGGUUUCGUAUCCGAAGAAAAUGUCAAAAAGAACAUCGACACCAUGAACAGACAUUACAGCAGGUCUGGAAUCUCAUUCACCCUGGUUGGCACGAAGUACACAAACCAGAGGACGUGGGCUCAAGGCCAGGACGACGGGGGAAUGAAGAGACAACUGCGCCAGGGGAGCUACGCAGACCUGAACCUGUAUUACAUUGCCUCUAUCCCGGAUGGCGCCUCUGGAUUUUGCACGUUUCCCAUGCCUGGUCGCGGCAGAAGAAUCGGGGGAGACGCCUUGGCAAGGGAUGGAUGCGUGAUGCUUGCCCGAACUGUGCCUGGGGUGGAGGGUUGGACGAAGCAAGACAUGGUUACUACCCACGAGGUCGGUCACUGGUUGGGCUUACGACAUACUUUUGAGGGCUGUGGUGUUGGAGAUGGUAUUGAAGACACCUUUCCGCAGGAACGGCCAACUGGCCAAUGCACGAAUCGAGGAAAAGGUGGUAAUAGUCAACCUACCGUCCAGGCAUGUGGCGCGUUGCAGUAUAGCAACGAGCUUAAUUUUAUGGAUUACUCGCCAUGUUCUGUUGAAUUUACUCUCGGCCAGGAACAACGCAUGAGGGAAAUCGCACAGAGUCGUCUGGAAAUUGCCGGAGGUCAGGCCGGAGGUCCGCUCCGCGUCCUGUCACGCCACCAAACCCAAAUCAAGCUCCCGGCAGGAACUCUGCUCCUGUCAUGGCCCCAAAUCAAGCUCCCGGCGGGAGCUCUGCUCAAUCCAAUGUCUGGGGUCAAUGCGGUGGAAGAAGUUGGACCGGCCCAACUAGUUGUGCUCAGGGUCUUGUCUGUGAUCAACAAAACGACUGGUAUUCGCAGUGCAGACCCGCAGUGUAAAGACCUUGUGGAUGUUGCAGCAUUCUAUCAUAAAUAA